CAGUUCUCUCCUUUAUACUUUAGUCCAUGCAGGGUUCCAGUGAGCAGCAGCAGCAGCAACAACAACAACAACAACAACAACAACAACAACAACAACAACAGUUGUUGAUGGAGUCGUUCAUGGUCGGUCUGAUCCUCCUCUCUCUCAGCAUAUCUUGCAUUCAGGUUCGUGGGGGGAGGGGCCAGCCUGUGCAUGUGAGGCUCGGGGAGGACGCCGCCCUGCAGUGCCCCCUGCUGGACACCUCCAGCGGCGCCUCCUCCACCCUCAGCUGGUACCGGGUGGCUGUGGGACGGCGACCCGAGCUGCUGCUGCCCGCCCGGUCCUCAGACAGCAGCUCCCGGGGGCAGCGAGUCUCGGCUGCAGCCGACGGCUCGCUGCUGCUGCGCCGCUUCCAGCACAGCGAUGCAGCGGUUUAUUACUGCGCCGUCACGCGGGGGGAGAGAAGAAGAAGAAACCACGUCGCUCAACCGGAAGUUGUACCUGAGUCUGUUACACCUGAGUCUGUUACACCUGAGUCUGUUACACAUGAGUCUGUUACACCUGAGUCUGUUACACAUAAGUCUUUUACACCUGAGUCUGUUACACAUGAGUCUGUUACACAUAAGUCUGUUACACCUGAGUCUGUUACACCUGAGUCUGUUACACCUGAGUCUGUUACACCUGAGUCUGUUACACAUAAGUCUGUUACACCUGAGUCUGUUACACCUGAGUCUGUUACACCUGAGUCUGUUACACCUGAGUCUUUUACACCUGAGUCUGUUACACAUAAGUCUUUUACACCUGAGUCUGUUACACCUGAGUCUGUUACACAUAAGUCUGUUACACCUGAGUCUGUUACACAUAAGUCUGUUACACCUGAGUCUGUUACACCUGAGUCUGUUACACAUAAGUCUGUUACACCUGAGUCUGUUACACCUGAGUCUGUUACACCUGAGUCUGUUACACCUGAGUCUGUUACACCUGAGUCUGUUACACCUGAGUCUGUUACACCUAUAUGAUGUCAUACAAUAAAUGAAAAUGUCAAGCUCA